CCUGGCGGCUCCUCUCCGCAUCGCGGGCGCGGGCUCAUGGCGGCGUCGGCGGCUCUGUCUGCGGCGGCGGCGGCGGCGGCCCUGUCGGGCCUGGCAGUGCGGCUGUCGCGCUCGGCCGCAGCUCGGGGCUCCUACAGCGCCUUCUGCAAGGGGCUCACCCGCACGCUGCUCACCUUCUUCGACCUGGCCUGGCGGCUGCGCAUGAACUUCCCCUACUUCUACGUCGUGGCCUCGGUGAUGCUCAACGUCCGCCUGCAGAAUCACCCGGGAGAAUCUCGAGAUGGCUUUGGCUUGGUCCUGGAGGUGGCGAGUUUGCUGCUGAGCAGCCCGCUCCAACCGCUGGAAGCAGAGCAGAGACACGACGCGACAGACCCCGAGCGGCCCCCGCCAGCCACCCUGCCCCACGCCUCCUCCGGUGCCGGUGCCGGUGCCGGUGCCGGUGCCGGUGCCGCGGGCUCUGGGCCCACGGACCCAGGACUCAGACUUCUCGGGACCGAGAACCACACUCGUCCGGGGAACUCCAGGCGCGGAGACGCCCGAUGUCCCCUCUCUCCUGCCGCCGCCGCCGCCCAGCCGCUGCCCAGCUCCUGGGUGAGGGUCCUGCUCGCCUCACCCCCGGAACCCAGCCCCGAGCGGGCCGCAUGUGCCCCUGCCGCUGCCCCCGCCGGCCUCAUGGCCUCCCUCCUCCUGCAGAGUCUCCAGGGGGGGCCCGGCGCGGCUAGUCCCGGCCUCCCGCGCCCACUCUGGGAGCCCGUCAGCCUGCUGACCCCCGCAGACCUCUGGGGCCUCUCUGACAAGAGCCACAGCGGGCUGCGGGGAGAGGCCUCCGUGGGCCGGAUCCGCGGCCGGGCCCCGUUCACCCCCUGGCUGCACCCACUGGGCGACGCUUUCCCCAGCUCCAGCCUCUGCGUCUGUUUGGGGGUGCCGGUGACAGAGCGCGCGGGACUGGGUCCCCACCCGGCCUGGGCAAGGGCCCCGCUGGAGUCGCCCCCCGGGCUCUAGGAGGCAGCGUCCCCACGGGGAGACACGGGUGUCAGAUGCUCCGGAGC